AUGGCAGACCCCCUGGUCGCAUCGGACAAGCCGAUGCCGCAGCAGCCGCAGACAGAGCCGGCGACUGACAAGGAUGACGCUGCGAGCCAAAGCGCCAUCACCGCCACGUUGCCCCCUAGCGUUAGCGGACGGGCUGCUAGUACCACGCCGCCUGCCCAACACCAACAUCUGCAUACGCUUGAAUUUGUUGCUGACCUUCCCAACACCGCACAUCCACAGCUGGCGCGCAUCCGCCGCGAGCUUGAUGACCUUUGUGCACCAGAUGGCGCCGUUACAGUGGUGCCAGUGCUCGACCGCCGUGGCCGGAACCAACUAGUGGUUGGCGAAGGCCACAUCUAUCGUGCCCACUUCCCUGUACCGCCAGACUCCGCUUAUGACUUUUUGAACGGCCUUCAGGUUGAGUUGACCUGGCCCUCGCCCCUUGACGACGAUGCUCAGCCAGCCGUGCGCAUUUGCCAGGUCUUUGAGCAUUCACAAGUCCGUGAAGAUGGCUUUCUGCCCCCAGCCCUCCUCGCUUUCAACCUCGACCGCUUGCGUGCUCGCGACACUGCAUCACCCAUGACCUUGGGCGAGGCCCUUGCUGCCGUGCUUGCCAUGCUCCUACGUAACCCGCUCCCCGAGCCGCCCACUGCCCUGGACGAAAUGGAUGAGGAGGAUUUGCUCGCGCUGUGGGCCGAGCAUGAUCCCGAUUGCCAUUGCCUCAUUAAUCAACUUAUGCCCUGUUCCUUCCAAGACUUCCUCAACCAGACCGAAAGCGAGGCACGCGCUGAUCGUCUGAUUACCUUUCAUGAAAACGUCGCCACCCGACACGCGCACCUUUUUACCCGGGCCCGGGAUCACUUUGCCUUGCGCAUGGGCACCGCGCGCCAAUGGCUGGCGCAGACGCAACACCCAGCACUGUUUGAUGCGGUGCGCGGCUGGCCCGAGACGUGGUUCCUGCCCAGCUUUUGGACGGCCAUGCAUGCACCCAAUCCGGAGGCCGCCAUUCGGUCCCUGGCGCGUGAGAUUACGCCGGGCGUGUGGAGCUUUGGUAUGUUUACCCCCGAGUUUUGUGAUUUAAUGGCCGCCGACCUGGCUGCCUACGAAAAGUCGGGCCUGCCCAAAACGCGCCCCAAUUCGAUGAACCGCUAUGGCAUGAUCCUCGCCGACAUGGGCAUGGCCUCAAUGCUGGACCGACUGUUGUGGGAAAUGCUGAAUCCGAUCCAACGUGCGCUUUUGCCUGCCUUGGCUCAAGGAUUGGCGCUCGACCACCAUCACAGCUUUGUUGUGCAGUACGAAGAGGGCUUGGACGUUCACCUCGACAUGCACACGGACGAUGCUGAAUUCACCUGUAACGUCAACUUAACAGACGACUUCUCUGGUUCAGGCCUGACGUUUUGUGGCAUGCAUGGCGCAACUUCCCAUCGCAAACUGGCCGGCGUUUACCAACACCAGCGAGGACAUGCCGUUGUACAUGCUGGUCUCCACCGCCAUGGUGCAGACCCACUGCAGACAGGUCGGCGAGAGAACCUCAUCAUCUGGUGCCGCAGCUCAGCUUAUCGCCAGACACGUGAAUAUAAAGCCCGUUACGCCAACCCGUUCUUGUCGGAAGAGGCACCCGACCAACGUUGCCUUUCGACGACCCAUGACCGCGAUUACAGCCACUGGACCGAUGUCUUUGCCCAAGCCAAGCAGGAUCCCGACCAGCUGCCUCUACACCAAACGCACCCGACCAUGAACGCCCGUACGGCCAAUUUCUAAGGUCAAUCAACGACGCAUGUGGGAGGGGACGGGUGCUGGCGCUCUUUGGGAACCCUAAACUAGAUUGCAGCUUUGGCUCUUGUGUUUUGAGACGAGCGAUUAACCGUACGGACCAGGUUCAUGCUCGUGCAGAUAAUUAUUUGGUGUGCUUGCACCAUUCUCUCUCGCUGCUCGCACCUGGAUUGAGACAUUUAUUGGUUAUGAUUAUUGAC